AUGGAGAUGGCAAAAUCUCAAAAUUGUGUUUCAUCUCUCCCGGUGCCGGUUAAAAAAAUAUGGUUGGACCUUAUACCGCCAAGAAUCGAAAUCUUUACGUGGUUCGCCAUGAUGGGGAAAAUAAACUCAAAAGCCAAAUUAUUGAGUUUAAACAUCAUCCGACCUUCCGAGGCCCUUUGCAUAUUCUGCAACGCAACCAUUGAAUGCGCUGAUCAUCUGCUAUUAUUGUGCGAAUUUUCGGCUGGAAUUUGGAACUGGUGGCUCAAUCUUUGGGGCUUAAGAUGGGCUCUCCCGGGAUCUCUCAAAGAUGCUUUUGACCAGUGGGCAAUAAGUGGCAGAAACUCCUUUUUAAAAAAGGUUUGGAGGGCUAUCUUCUCCAUCAUUAUAUGGUCAAUAUGGAAGGAGAGAAACUCAAGGAUUUUCGACAACAAAUCAUGCUCCAUUGCUCAGAUUCAAGAUCUCAUCCUCACCAGGCUUAGUUGGUGGAUCUCGGGAUGGGGCGACCCAUUCCCCUACACAGCUGCCGAGAUUAUUUGCAACCCAUUAUGUCUCGCAUGGAAAAGCUCAGAUGGAGCAAUCAAGGGCCCUGCGAUUCCCUCGCCCCCUAAACCAUGGUCUCCGCCACGGAAUGCCACUUUAAAGUGGAAUGUGGAUGCGUUGGUUAGCUCAUCACAAUCAAUGUCGGCAAUAGGAGGUGUUCUUAGAAAUCACAAAGGAGUUUUCAUGUGUGUCUUCUCAAGCCCAAUCCCGCCAAUUGAAAUUAAUUCUGCAGAGGUCCUCGCAAUAUUUAGAGCAAUACAAAUAUCCAUGAGAUAUGAGAACAUCAGGAGCAAUCACUUGGAGAUAGAAUCGGACUCCAUGAAUGCAGUUAGGUGGUGCAAUGAGGAUAAGGGAGGCCCAUGGAACCUCAAUUUCCAGCUUAACUUCAUCUGA